AUGUGUCAUCAUUUGAAACAAAAGAACUGCUUAGUAACAUUAUUUUUUGGGCAGAUUUUGAUGACAACGUAUUAUUGGAGCAUGCGUCACUGCAGUAUAUCAUUUGACCCCACUCUCCAGCUAUUCUCCCAAUAUAGGGAUUUGACGCCGACGUUCCCCGUUAGAAACGAUCCACGGCAGAGGGAAUAUAUUCACGCAGCGAAAAGCAUACACACAGACACAUACACAGACGAAACCACAAACAGAGAAAUAUUAAAUAAGAGAAAGACACACUUGACCGCAAUUCAUCACGACUGGUAUGCAAAGUAUUACAGACGAGGCACCUUCUCCUAUAUAAGGAGAUGCAGCAUUAAGCAAGGAGAGAAACUACAGAAGACACACACGGAACUACACGACAGACGAGACGGGAAGAAGAACAUAAGACACACACGAGUCUACUCGAGAGACGAGACGGAACAAGACGGGAAGGACACAACACAACUCACGAAUAUCAACAAAAUUAAAACUGUUAAAGUGUUACAUUUUGCCUUUGCUCACAUCAAGCGGAAGGAAGGAAGGAAUGGAAAAUUUAACAACUUCUGGAAAGAUUACAGGGAGAAGAGAUUGCGGUCAACAACAAAUUACUGUUUAAGAUUGGGUUUUGUGGAGGUCGAUGGUCGCCAAUGUCCUGAAAGGAUAAGGUACGAGAAAAAAUAA